AUGAAUCCUGAUGAGCACACACAAGAGCGACUGGAUUGUUGCUGCUAUUUAUAUGUGGACACUGGAGUCUCUAGGAUCGGCUUAUUGUUUGCGAUUUGCUUGGAUCACAAUGCGCUGAUACCUGUUGUAUGUCGAUGGGCGUGAGUCGUGCAGCGUGUAGGCUGUAUUGGUGGAAUGUGGGUUUUUUUCCGGUGACCAGUUGUGUUGUGUGAGUUGUUGGCCGAUGGCUUCAGAAGAUUUUUUCAAUUGUAGUUUUGGCGUCCUUGAUUCUGUUAGGUUGUGUUAUCCGGUUCGUCUGUUUUGUUUUUCUAUUUCCAUCGAUCUCCGUUCCUUCGGCAUUUGUUGUGAACUUUUUUCGUUGGCAUAUGAUAAACUUUGUGUUAUUUUCUCGUUUUGUGUGGUGUUUGCUUCAAUGCUGUCGUCAAUUCUGCUUCUUUGGUUUCAUUCUUGAUUUCUUGAGAUUUUUGUAGUUGUAUGUGGACUUUGGAAUGUUUGUAACAUCUCGGUGUUUUUCUGUUGAAAUUGUCGAAUAUCUUUCCGCCGCGAUGACUGCGGUUUGUUUCCUAUCUGGAUUUUUUUUCAGUUUUUGUUGUUCUUGCAUGUUGUUUUAGUCUACCCAUUUGCUCCCACGUUGAGUUGUGCUGACCUGUUGAUACAAAGCAGCA